AUGUGCGCGGAAACGGAGUGCGGGAUCUGCUACAGGAGCUACAACGCGGGGCGCCGCUGCCCAAGGGAGCUCCGCUGCCGGCACAGCUUCUGCGAGAGCUGCCUGCGCGCCAUGGCGCGCCCCGGGGCGCACGGCCGGAUCGACUGCCCCCUGUGCCGCCAGCCCACCCCCCUGUCCGGAGAGGAGGACCUGAGGGCCCAGCUGAGGGUGGACGAGGUCGCCCUGGAGAGGCUGAUGGCCGAAGGGCUUCUGGACCGAGAGGAGGAGGAGGAGGAGGAGGAGGAGGAUCCCGAGGAGGAGGAUCCGGAGGACCGAGUUCCGACCGGUGAAGGGGGCCGUGACGUCGCUGAGACUCAAGCCGAGGAGGGCGACUCCUCCCCGGCCCCGGGAGGCGGAAGGCUCCGGCGGAGCUGGAGGAAAGUUUGGAGCAAGAUCAGUGGGAAGAGCGCAUGGCAGGGAAGAGAUGCAUGCAUGACCAAUGAGGAGCUGAGGAGUAUGGCCAUGAUGUCCUGCUACAUGUUCUGA